CCACCACAACAUUGCUCGCGACCACCACGACCACCUUCCCUAACAUUCUCGCGCCAGACUCGCCGCAUUUUCUUCCCACGCGAAUGUGCGCGCCCGCAACCCAACUGCUCUGAGAUGGCGGCUACAGAACCCCCUGCUGCCGUUGAUCUCGUGCGCACUUCGUCCCAGAGCUCCACCGUCUCAAGCGGCAAGAAAAGCCACACUGCGCGUGUGCGCCCACUCAAAAGGAGUUCAAAUGCCUCUCUCGGUCGAACCCCCUCGCCCCACCCCGACGACAAAAGCCUGACAUCGUUCCCCUCGCUCUCGCCAACCCCAGAAUCGUCGCCCGUCCAGUCGCGUGUCAAUGGGUGGUUUCGCACUGCCGUGGGAGCGGGCGAGCGGUCCGUCUCAGGGGAUAGCACAGAGAAUCGACCUGCUCCUACGAGCUCGCCCGAGACGGUCAGGUCCAUACCUCCUCCCGAGCCCCUCAAACCAGCUGCUCCCAUGUCCACCGUGCGGAAAGUCACAAAAUCAACACAGCAGAUCGUGGGGAGUCUGGUCGCUCCUUCGGCUUCCUUCAGAGCUCGCACCGCGCUUUUCGACGACACCCCUGCCGAGUCUACUCAGAUACCCGGCAAUUUGCAUUAUGCCAGCGAUCAGAACAUUGAAGACAUGGUGGCGCAAUCGGGCGCCGUGGCAUUGGUGAAGCAACUGGCUGGCGAUCUGGCACAGCGCGAUGCUCAAAUCACGGCAUUGCGGAGGAGAGCAGAGGAGCGAGAACGAAUCCUGCGGAAGAUGCUGCAGGAGUGUGAAGUGUCUAACAUGGACAUUGAGAAUCGCCUUCGAGAGUUGGAGAGGAAGAGCGAUGUCAACGGGGAUGAGUCACAGUUGGGAAUCACCAAGAAGAAAGGCAGCGAGAGCAAUUUGCCUGGUUUACAUCCCGAAGACCCCAUUGAUCAAAGAUUAGCAAGAGCCAUGGAAGAUGAAAUUGCACAACAUCCGGAUGCGCUGGGGAUGGACUCGGGGGCUGCUGCACAAGAACCGGAUGGAUCUUCAAUCAACUCUAGGAUUGAUGCGCCUCCUGAGACGGGACGCAGCAACUGGAAAAGCUACCUCCUCGGUGGUGGUGGCACAAGUAGGAAAAGCAGCAGAGCGCCCUCCGUCGCCAGCCUGGUCGAUCGAGAUGCAGAAAGUAUGUCGCGACCACGCGCGUCAAGCGGAGCCAAGCCGUCACGGAAGCCCAUCAGUAAUGAUCUUUUCGUACCGCCCGGCGCAGACAAGGGCGCUGUACCCACUUUGCGCCGGUUACAAAGCCAGGAUCAAGAUCAGUCAGGCUCAUCAUCACGAAGGUCUUCUGUGUCUAUUAUGAGUUGGACACUCAAAAUGGUCGCUGGUAACAACUCAGCCAGCCGUAAUGCAGAUAAGGGAAGUAUCUCCAGAGGCCGUAACAAUGCGAGUUCGGAUCCAGCAGAUAGGACUCCUUCUAUUGAUUCCACAAAAACAACACACUCAGCCCGCUCUGCUCUGGCGAACGCACAACGUCGAGGCGGUCGAGCGCUGGGUCCUAACGGAACGCUCAAGAAUCUGACGACAGAGCCACCAAAGAACGCACCCGUGAAUCCUAGUCCUCAACUUGCGGGCCGUAGCAUCAGUAAUUUAGGACCGGUAGAGAUGGACCGAAUUUUGCCAGAGGAGUCUCGGCCCCCAACUCUAGUCCAGCAACGCAACAGAUUUGCCACGACCCAUAAUGAGUACCUGACUGAUCGCUUCGGGUUCAUCUAUGAUCAGCGACGGAAGAAGAGGCAGAGUGAAGCCGCUGCCGCACUAACUAAACAAAAAAGAAGCAGCAAUGUCGAAUCACUUGGAGACGGCCGGUCAGUGUUUCAAGCCAUGGAAGACGAGGCUAGCCCGGGACAACUGGACGAAUUCAUCCACUCCAAAGGAGCACCCCGACCUGACAGCAGUGGCUCGGAGGAGCAGCAAGCAAAAGUGUCAACGAAGACAUGGGCAGACUAUCUCAAGCUCACAUCCCAUCCCACCGAAUUGCUCUCCCACACUCCCUCGGCAGCACCCAUAACGGAAGUUGAUUUGCCAGACAACGAGAUUUCCACCGCGCCGGCCAGUCAAGUCACGGUCGCGAAACGAGGUUCCUUACCUUCCACGAGCGUGAAUCCCGAACCGUCACCUUCGCGCAUCUUCUCGGGAAACGCCGAGUUCUCGGUCGCAAGUCCCUCUGGACCAGCUUCUCCUCUCAAUCCCUACCUUCCUGCCUUGACAGAUCCCGUAAAGGCUCUCCUUGAACAACUGACGGAGCUACACGACAAUCUCCAGAAGGAAAAGACCAUCAAGUGGAACGAAUUUCUGCGCAAGGUCCGCGCUGAACGAAAGCGACAAGGCGAUGCAGCCACUGCCAGCGAACGUGGAAAGGGACUCGACAUGCCAGAGACCCUACUCACUGACGGCGAGAUUGUUGGUGUCGCGGGACUUGGUAACAAGGGCAAGGUCGGACGCGCCAAAUGGCAAGAGUUUCGACGGCUUGUGCUGGGUGGUAUUCCCGUCGCCUACCGAGCCAAGAUCUGGACCGAGUGCAGUGGUGCUUCUGCACUCCAUGUGCCUGGAUACUACGAAGAUCUCGUCAAUAACGGUGUCGACAACCCUUCUGUUGUCUCCCAGAUUCAGAUGGAUAUUACCCGCACUCUGACCGACAAUAUCUUCUUCCGCAAAGGCCCAGGUGUACACAAGCUGAAUGAGGUUCUUCUCGCCUACUCUCGACGAAACCCCGAGAUCGGAUACUGUCAAGGCAUGAAUCUCAUCACAGCCUGCCUUCUCCUGAUUAUGCCCACCUCAGAAGAUGCUUUCUGGAUGCUCGCGACCAUGAUCGAAAACAUUCUACCCGACAAUUACUACGAUCAGCACCUCCUUACCUCUCGCGCCGACCAGUCCGUUCUCCGCUCCUACGUCAUGGAGCUCCUCCCCAAACUUUCGGCGCACCUCGACGCACUGGAAAUCGAGCUGGAAGCCCUCACCUUCCAAUGGUUCCUGUCCGUCUUUACAGAUUGCCUUUCGGCUGAAGCUCUCUACCGCGUGUGGGACGUGGUCCUUUGUAUGCAAGAUGGCUCCACAUUCCUCUUCCAAAUCGCACUCGCCCUACUUAAACUCAACGAAAAACAACUCCUGCAGUGCGAUACCCCAGCCGCCAUCUACCAUUACAUCAAUCAUCAAAUGACCAACCACGCCAUCAGUAUUGAUGGUCUCAUUCAAGCUAGCGACGCCCUCACCAAGGUCGUCAAGCGCAAGGAUGUCGAAGAGCGCCGCCAGCGCGCCGUGGCCCACGAGCAGGACCUCAUCAAGCAGCGUGAUGAAGCUCGCCAAGAACGCGCCCGUCUGCGCGCUUCCAAAAACGCUGCCGAGCAGACUCCACCAUCUCAUCAUCUUCAGGAUCUCGGACAAAAUGGGGAUGCUGACGAAAGGGCGGACUCAUCUCACCCCUCCUCCCGUCUCCGUGACAUCUCCACGGAAAGACCACCGUCUAUAUCCGCGAGCCUUGAUGCCGAUCUCUCACGCUACACAAGCCCCUUGCGCACGCCACUUUCUAGCGCGUCUAGACGUAGCGAAGAGGAGGAAGACGCUAUAGCUUUGAAUCAGAGUUUGGAGAGUUUGGCUACGCGAACGCCGCUGCCGAUUGAGGAAGAGGUUUUGUGGCGCGCAUGAACAUCUCACAGGCCAUUGGCAUGACAAUUGGUAGCUUAUACGUAUGCGAGUAGAAAAUAUGGCAACCACACGGAGAGAAGUGAUUUCUGGAGAGCAACAUACUUUCUUUUUCUUUUAUCUGGCUCGAACUUGCUUUCUUUCCUCUAUCUCCUUCGGGAGGGUUUUGUCUAGUUUUGCUUCCACGCGGACUUCCUUCAUUUCUCAAGUUCUUAACUCUCGUCUUUGAUACCCACCGAUGAUACAUCGUCGGCAUUCUCCUGUUUCCUUUUCUCCUCCCACCACAAAUCAAGUCUCACCUUUUCCUUUGUAACAUACCUAGGUAGGUACAUACAUUAUAGAUUGGUCAGGGCAUACGGAGCUUGUCUUCCACCUCAUUUG